ACCCCGACUCAACUCAACUGAAUUGAAGGCAAGGAAUGGCGAGCAGUGCCGGAGACCAACGUUCCAUUCACAACGGCGGUUUAGUAAAGCUCGUCACAAGUCCAACCUGAACCGGCUUUCCUCCCUCAAAGCCCGCGGCAUCGAAGAACUUUUGGUCAAUGCAAAAGACCUUGGAAAAAAACACCGAGACUUUGGCGGUAAAUUCCAAGGCGCAGCUCACCUGUCAACCCUCAGGUCGCCUCGGACCCUCCAGCGUGCUGCCUCUUUAUCUCACAGUCUUCGCAUACAUUUUGCACACACCUCAUGCUGCAGUGGAUCAAGGCUGCUAACAUUUUUGCGCGGAGAUUUGUCUGAGAGAUCAUUUCAAUCAAUCAACCUUCCUCUUCCUCUUCUUCUUUGUCCCCUUGAAUUCACGAUGACUCUCCUCAGCCGAGUUCUCGUCACCCCACAAUUGCAGUCUCACCCCAGUCUCCAUAGUGCUAUCAGCAGAGGCACUUCCGUGAGGCGUCCGGUGCAAGUCAAUGCCACACUCGUAAAUGGAGGGUCUAAUUCAAGCGUCGCAAAGGCUAUACAAGCUGUGGAGCCUCUGAAGUCUAAUUCAGAUCAAGAAAAUUCGCCAGGCCAUAAGAAUUGGUCGCCAAAAAGCUGGAGGAACAAGGUUGCUCUGCAGCAGCCAAACUACCCAGACAUCGAGAAGCUUGCUGAGACAGAAAAUGUACUUCGCAACUUACCCCCACUCGUAUUUGCGGGGGAGGCACGAAGCUUGGAAGAGCGCCUUGGAGAAGCAGCUCUAGGUAAAGCUUUCCUGCUACAAGGCGGAGACUGCGCGGAGAGCUUCAAAGAGUUCAAUGCCAACAACAUCAGGGACACGUUCCGGGUGCUGCUGCAGAUGGGUGCGGUGCUAAUGUUCGGAGGCCAAAUGCCAGUGGUCAAGGUCGGAAGAAUGGCAGGUCAGUUCGCCAAGCCAAGAUCGGCCGACACUGAAAUGGUGAACGGCGUGGAACUCCCCAGCUACAGAGGCGACAACAUUAACGGUGAUCAGCCAAACCUGGAGGCUCGUAUUCCGGAUCCAGAGCGCAUGGUGCGAGCCUACAGCCAGGCAGCUGCGACUCUAAACUUACUGCGCGCAUUCGCCACGGGAGGAUUUGCUGCCAUACAGAGAACAGCGCAAUGGAAUUUGGACUUCGCAGCAAACAGUGAGCAAGGUGACAAGUACCGGGAGCUUGCGCAUAGAAUCGACGAGGCUUUGGGCUUCAUGUCCGCGUGCGGGCUCACCCUGGAUCACCCAAUCAUGACCUCCACUCAAUUCUGGACCUCUCACGAAUGCCUGCUGCUCCCAUACGAGCAAGCCCUCACCCGAGAGGAUUCUACCUCGGGAUUAUGGUACGUCUGCUCCGCUCACAUGCUAUGGAUCGGUGAGCGCACUCGCCAGCUUGACGGGGCCCACAUUGAGUUCCUGCGUGGCGUUGCAAAUCCCUUGGGAGUGAAGGUGAGCGACAAAAUGAAUCCCGAAGACUUGGUCACUCUCUGCAACAUGCUGAACCCGGAGAACAAGCCAGGACGACUCACUGUGAUCGUGCGAAUGGGCGCCGCCAAGCUGAGGGAGAAGUUCCCGGCUCUGGUUCGCGCUGUGCGUCAGGCCGGAUGCAUUGUCACCUGGGUGAGUGAUCCCAUGCACGGAAACACCGUCAAGGCUCCCUCGGGUCUCAAGACGCGUCCCUUCGACGCCAUCCUCGAGGAGGUCAAGGCUUUCUUCGACGUCCACGAGCAAGAGGGUACUCACGCCGGGGGUGUUCAUCUCGAGAUGACAGGCCAGAACGUGACAGAAUGCGUCGGCGGAGGCAACAACUUGACCUACGAGGAUCUGAGCUCGCGUUACCACACUCACUGUGAUCCUCGCCUCAACGCAUCCCAAGCUCUGGAGCUCUCCUUCAUCAUCGCCGAGCGGCUUCGUCGCAGACGACUUGCUGGUGCCACCGGCACUUUCUUAAACACCAUUUCGUCUCAGUUCAGUGGCCUGCUCUAGACUGCACCAUCGGUCUUCUUUUCUUGCACCGCAAACUUCUAUCAAGACUCUUUAUCUCAAUUACCUAACAAGGCAAUGCAACAUCGAGCAAUUCUUUGUUUCCACCUCAUUGGAUGCCCCAUCCUGCAACGUGGAGGAUACACGUAUAACUUCACCAUAACUUAAACUCCUGGUUCUACUUGUAAUGACGCUUUGCCGAGAAAGAUAUUCAGAUAGAUAUAUAUAUAUAUAUAUAUACAUACAUACAUACAUAUAUAUAGACAAUCCGAGAGAGUGAGAUUACCAGAUUUUGUAGGAGCCCAACUGGGUUAAUUCUUUUGAUUAGACUUGAUGAAUGCAUCAAACUCCGUUUCUUCAGCUGAUUGUGUGCUCAUCUUUUGCACCCACCUCAUGCCCACAGGAUAUGAUGAACAAAUUACUGGCCAGUUGAGGAUGUAGAUGUAGGAAUGAUGUCCAAUGUUUGCUUAGCAUUUGAGCACUCUUUGAUGUCAAUUAAUACUGCAAAAGGUGUUGUGAAGUUCACCAGAUUCUGUCCA